CAAGCAACGGCCCAGAUUCUCUCUCUCCCCUCCUCCCAUCUCGUUUAUCUUGUCUCCCCCUCGCUAGCUUGCCCUUCCUUCCAUUUCCACUCUCUCUCUUUCUUCUCUGGAAAAAUCACUAGAGAGACAGAGAGAAGAAAAAGAAAGAAAUCACCCAGAAAGAGAAAACAAGAAACCAUGUUGCUAGGAAAACGUUCACGCCACCCGAUCAAGAGGACGACAAGCAUGACAGGGAUCACCGUCGAUGUCUCCAACGUUGAGGAUGUCCAAGAACCAUUAAUUAUAUCUGAUCCUCCUCCUCCUCAAGACCCCUUGCAUGAAUUUCCAAACGGAAACUUUGCAGGUUACGAUCAACGUUUCUUGGCCAUGGUAUCGCCAAGAAACCCUGCUGCUGGAAGAUCAGGUUCUACUAAUCAUGUCGUCGACACUGCUCCUUUCUUGCGCUCUUGUUGCCUUUGUAAACGCCGCUUAGCUCCUAGUCGAGACAUAUAUAUGUAUAGGGGGGAUACAGCCUUUUGUAGUUCAGAGUGCAGGGAGCAGCAGAUGAAGCAAGACGAAAGAAAAGAAAAGUUGAAAGGUGUAGCUUCAAAGAAAGAAGAACGCCAUGCAUCUUCAGCCAGCUCCAAGGCUUCAACUAAAACCGAGCCUGUGGCAGCUGCUUGAAGUUGAUGAGGAGCUAGUAAUCUCAAUCCUCAAGAAAAUUAGCUUGAAGACAAGGAAAAGACAAGAAAAGAAUGAGAGAGAGACGCAUAACCCAAAUCCCCAAAAAAAAAAAAAUAGUGCAGCUCGAUUGAUCGUCAUCCAUCUCCUCGCCCCCAAUAUUAGAGCCCACUAAUGUUUCACAGUAUCAUAAAAGAUGUUGAUAAUGAUGAAAACAAUAUUAUGAGUUAGUAAUAUUGUGUAAAAAAAAAACAAAUAUAUAGUGGGUGCAGUUAAUGUAUGUGGAUGCUGAUGCAAACGGGCAAAGCUCUGAGGUUGAGAUCAGCAUUUAUGAAUCUUAUUUUAAGUUCUCCCUAACGUCUGCAAGCUUUUCCAUUC